AUGUCCAAAGAAACAUCCAGACGCUCUCUCCUCUUCCCCAAGUUCCUCAUCCCCUCCUUCCCCAGCAAGCAGACCACAACUCGGUCUCCCCAGUCCAGCUCGGGCUCCUCCCCCACCUCGACUGAGAAGUACCUAGACGGACACCUCUCCUACCUUCGCUGCACCGGCUGUAGCGCCCACCUCUGCCUAACAUCCCAAAUCAUCAGCAAAGGCUUCACAGGCCGCCACGGCCGUGCAUACCUCGUAUCCGCUGAACCCGUCGCCAGCGCAGUAUCCGUUAGUGGAUCUUCCUCACCAACGGCAUCCCUGCCCAACACGGUACUCCAGCACCCCGUGCCGAGACAGCUGGUGACAGGCGCACACACAGUGAGCGAUGUGAGCUGCGCAUUCUGCGGGAGCGUGCUAGGGUGGAAAUACGUCGCGGCGGAGGAAGAGUCGCAGCGGUACAAGGUGGGCAAGUUUAUACUGGAAACGAUGAAGAUUACUUCGUCCUCGUGCUGGGAUUCCUCUCUCGAUAUGGGCAUAUCGAGUCUGGAUGGGGUCGGGACUGACGUGGGUUAUGGAGAUGCAUCGGAUGAUUCGAAUUCUGCGGAUGCGGAAUUUGAUAGUCAGGAUGAAGACGAGUGUGAGGACUUGUUUGCGGGGAUAUGGAGUCCUGGGUUGGCGAAUAGGCGUCGCAGCCGAAAGAUUGAGCGACGGCCUGCAACUGCAAUGUUUGGGAUUUCGUGA